UAUUUUAGGGGUCUCAGUGUUGGCGGAGCCAUGAUGUUGACUGUGGGGUCCGCUCUCCUCUUGUUUGUCCUGCUCUCGGAGGACGCUGUAGAAUGUGGGGCCAGAGUUCCAGGACCCCCCACCAACGUGAAUGUGACCACCAACUUCCACAGACAACUUGAUGUAUCAUGGUCUAAGCCGGCCUCGUCUGCCAUGGAGACGUCUGUCUUAGAGACGCCUGUCAUGACCUUGAAUUACUCAACGUCGAACACUACCGAACUUACUACACACGCGUCACCACCAUCUGUCGUUGACCAAUACUCUGUGUUUUGGACUAAUGUCAACAGUAGUUGGGCAAAUGACAACACAACUCAACUACAGUACAGCAUAAGGAAUCUGGCUGACUGCACAUUAUACCACGUUUUCGUCCGCGCCUGGGAGAACGGUGUGAUGGGCCAGCCAUCUGCCACCAUCCCACAAACCACACUUCUUAAUGAUGCCGAAAACCUUGUCAUGACUCAAUCUGGAAGUGACGUGACAGUGAGUUGGACGUGGGAGCCGCCUGGUACAUGUGGAGAACCGGCUGUGUUCAAUGUGUCUUGGAAUGGAAGUAAUAGCUAUGCCGUUGUUACUGAGACUGAGUACACCAUUACAGGUGUAAUAGUUGAAGAGGGGUUCAUGGUGUGUGUGUUAACCUCUUGUAGUAACUGCACAAGUCAACUGACCUGCGUGAAAGAUUUUCAAUCUCCAAAAAAUUCAGAUCUUCCCCUGAUACUCGGGCUCAGUAUAGGGAUCCCUGUUGCUGUCAUCAUUGUCUGCCUCGCUGUCUUUCUGUACUGGAAGCAACACAAGAAACAGCCGGUGUAUCAAGUGGGUGCUGGGAACCCCAACAAUCGAAUAGGCUUAGACAACAUGGGCUUCAAUUGCUCGCCCAGUACAGAAGAAAUGUUGAGGAAUGAAUUUCAAACCAAAUUUACCCAGCAAGAAUACAAGAAGCCUACGACGCAAGCAUUGCGUCACGCAGACAGGAACAGAUAUGCCGACAUACUACCAUUUGAUGACACCCUUGUGAGAGUGAAGCAUGUGGAGUACAUCAACGCCUCGUAUGUCCUGGGAAAGUUCAUAGCCACACAAGACCCGUAUCCUGACCAGGAUGAUGACUUCUGGCAACUGAUCUGGGACUGUAAUGUUCACGUCAUUAUCAGACUCUCCAAGGACACCAGUAAACAUGCGACAGCCCGCUACGUGGACGACCGCGGCGACAACACCUGGGUGAUGGGGCACGACGAGCUCAGUGUCUCCCUCAUGGACACCCUCAACGACGACAGCUUCUGCAAGAGAACACUGACAGUCUGUAAGGGUGAGGAGGUGAGGGUGAUCCAUCACUUCCACAUGACGGACUGGCCAGAGAGGUCGGUGCCGGCCAGCCAGCACGCGCUCAACCUGGUGAUGGCCGCGCGCACCGCCAACAGCCUCUACAGUAAAAACCCAGUUCUCAUUCACUGUGGAGCUGGUUGUGGCAGAACAGGGACCAUCAUUGCAAUCUGGCACCUUUUGGAUGAGUUCCUUGAAGAUCGAAUGGCCAACAUUGUGAGGACUGUUGAAAUGAUGCGCGAAUGUCGAAUGAGCAUGGUACAGACUGAGGAUCAGUAUGUCUUCAUAUACAAAUGUUUUGAAGAUUUUAAAGAGAAGCGUAGUCAAUAUGAAACACAUGCUGCAACGUACGAAGUAGUGAGAUAAUGGGUCGACACCGUGGGAACGCCUUCACCCAAGCAAGACAACACCUUCAUAUAUGAUCAAGCAGUAUCACUUACUUUAUUUGGUUACUUUAACCCCAUAGUUAAAUACGUUAAGAGAAUUGAGUAAAAUCUAUACA